AUGACACCUGAUGUGAACAGGCCCAAGAUGCUCAUUGCACCUCUGGUAUCCGCCAUCUGUCCUGUCUCCCAAGAGUUGAACAAGAUCGUCGCCUUUGUGUUACUGGACAGCAGUGGCGAGCCGCCAUUCCUUCGGUCCCUGGAGGAAGUAACCUUCAGCCGACCAUCGUCUGGGCACACGACCACCUACAUACAAAGCCACAUGGCCUGGGCAUCGGUCCACAGCCCUGACACAUCAACUAACAUCGACAGCACCCUCGGGCGUGAGCUACAUCGCAUCAGCUCGGAGGUUUCCUUCAGCCCUGCGCUGGGGACGUCCAGCGUAGGAAUGGCCGUUCCGGAGCCGAACGUUGCCACGUCCGGGUUGAAGCCAUUCCAUUGCCACCUGUGCCCAAAGAGGUUUGCCUACAAGCACGUGCUCGAGAACCACAUCAGGACGCACACAGGCGAGCGUCCAUUCAAAUGUCCAACUUGUCUGAAGGACUUUGCGCGCAAGGACUACCUCAGCUACCACGUGCGGAUGUGCAGGUGCAGGCGUUAACGUGUUGUGCUGGAGGGGCAUUGCACGGCAGGUUCUUUGCUGCGAGCUGUGACCAAAGCAGUGGUGUACACAGUUGAUUGUAGCUUUUGUACAAUAGGUGCAGUGGAAAGUAUUAAAUAGUUU